AUGACGAUACAAACAACUAUGACAGCGACAUUUAACAACCCAAAUUAUCAACCGACUAGCGUUCGUUAUACUCCAUCGACACAUAUUCAACAAUUGCAGGAUCAAACAAACGAAAUUGUAAGUAUACAGAAGAAAACUUUAUCAGGAUUACUCGAUCGUGGAGCUAAACUUGAUGAUUUAGAAUAUAAAGCAGAUGAAAUGGCCCGAGCUUCAGAUAUGUUCACUAUCACCACAGGAAAGCUCAAAAAACGGUAUCAAAUCAAGAACUUUAAGAUGACUAUUAUUCUAGCUAUUAUUGUCAUCGUCAUAAUAACAGCUAUUAUAGUUACUAUUGUACUGUCAGUCAAAUCCAAAGCUUAG